UGCGCACCGACGUGGUGUCUUUGCGUUACCUCAGAGACAGCCUGUCAAUGGAGUCAAACGGUCACGCCAAACGAGGCCGUGGCAGAUGUAAAGAAGAAUUUUGCCCGAAAUAGCCUAUCGAACGCAUAUAAGUGUUACGUAGACUGCGGCGGCGGCGGAGGAAUAUCUUUUUGAUUAAAAAAAAUACCGGUUCGUUUGCGGGUGUUGCACCGCAUCUCGACGAAGGCCUAUGUAGCUUGUUAGCAUUAGUUCAACAGCUAACUUGCUAGCAGGUGUUUUUUGUUUUUUUGUGGGGGUUUUUCUACGUCGACUUUAGCUGCAACAAAUUAACGAGUACUAAAUUUCGAAUGUUUUACCUGUAACGCAAUUAAUUUCCGCCAAGAAGACAGCAUCUGAACCUUUUUGGCCUCUACGACAAUGGCGGAACAGAACGCAGUUGGCAUGCAGCAGAAUUUGGACAGGAGCUGCUGGGUGUGCUUUGCCACGGACGAAGAUGACCGCACGGCAGAGUGGGUUCGCCCGUGUCGCUGCCGCGGCUCCACCAAGUGGGUUCACCAGACCUGCCUGCAACGCUGGGUGGACGAGAAACAGCGAGGCAACAGCACAGCACGCGUAGCCUGCCCACAGUGCAAUGCAGAAUACCUCAUUGUCUUUCCCAAACUGGGUCCUGUGGUUUAUGUGCUGGACCUGGCUGACCGCCUCAUCUCCAAGGCUGGCCCCUUUGCUGCAGCUGGCAUCAUGGUGGGCUCCAUCUACUGGACCGCUGUCACAUAUGGAGCAGUCACUGUCAUGCAGGUCGUCGGCCAUAAGGAGGGCCUGGAUGUUAUGGAGCGGGCUGAUCCUCUGUUCCUUCUCAUCGGGCUGCCCACCAUUCCUGUCAUGCUGAUCCUCGGCAAGAUGAUCCGCUGGGAAGACUACGUCCUGCGCCUGUGGAGGAAGUACUCUAACAAACUGCAGAUCCUCAACAGCAUCUUCCCUGGGAUCGGCUGUCCAGUUCCUCGGAUCCCCGCAGAGGCCAGCCCCCUGGCAGACCAUGUGUCAGCCACACGGAUCCUGUGCGGCGCCCUGGUCUUCCCCACCAUCGCCACCAUCGUGGGGAAGCUCAUGUUCAGCAGCGUCAACUCGAACCUGCAGAGGACCAUCCUGGGAGGUAUCGCCUUUGUGGCCAUCAAGGGGGCGUUUAAGGUGUACUUCAAACAGCAGCAGUACCUGAGGCAAGCUCACCGCAAGAUCCUCAACUUCCCCGAGCAGGAAGAGGCCUAAAGGAGGCCGUCAGAAGGGAGGACAGAUGGAUGGAGGAACUACACGCCUCCGCUUGAGGGGGUGGGUGGGAUGAAAGCUCAGUGAGCAGGAAGUGCUGGUGAAACAGACUUUUGAUCGUGUCAUCCUCAUUACCACCUCUUCCUCCUCCCCACACCUCGCCCCUCUCACCGCCCCGGUGUGACUCUUCGCUGACAUUUUGUGACGCUGGCUUAAAGUGAAGAUGGAGACGUGCGGACUGGAGCAUGUUAGCAGUUGAUGUGCAGUUACAGUCACACACACACACCUACACACACACACACCUGUUUCCUGAGUACGACUGCAGGGUGGAUGAGCUUCAGCAAUCACGUUAACUAUUGUAAACCUACUAUAUUUUAAACAAUUAAAACGUGGGGCAUGUGUAAUUAGUUUUAUAAAAAUGCAAAUUGUUUUAUAUUGUUUAUUUCGCAGCACCCCAUUGGCUGAUGAUAGUAGCUUAUGUUCAAAGAAGACUAAUGUUGAGCAUAAGGAAUGUACUCAUGAGCAAACAGUAAAAUGAUGUGAAUCCUGACGCAGAACAGAAAACUCGCCACGUCAUUGUGCCACUGCAGCUGAUUAUCUAACGGCGAACACGCCGAGCGCAGAUCAGAAGCUGAUACACAGCUGUUUACUUUGUUCACGUGCUUCGUCCAGUAUUCCUCAUCUCUACUUUUCAAAACGCUGUCAUGUGAUGUGUCUUGAAGCCUUGUCACCCGUCACAGUGCAGGUGAGCACUGUGCCGUGAUGUGUGGAUAAUACAUAUAUUAGAAAACCUUGGGGUGCCUGACUCAACAUUCAGUGCAGCGCUUACAGGAGACGGACACUUGAGUUAAAGCCGUUGCCUCCAGAUUUUAGAGGCAGUUCAUACCCUCCACCCCCUCGGCCUGCCAUGAUGGGACUUCAGUUGCCUGAGCUUGGACCAGCUCAGGUCAGACUCAGGUACUUCUCUCUGAAUGACCUCGGACACUGGUAACUAAAGAUGACUCACUGCAGCAGCCAGCACUUCUGAAUGGAAAUUAAAGGGUCAGUUCACUCAAAUACCGAGCCGUAUUGUCCUGCCCAAGUGGUGUACAGACACUUUGAUUUUUUGUCUUCAAGUAGGAUUGUAUUGGUUUGAAACGGUGGAAAAAAUAUAGGGAGAUGUUCAAGUUUAGCCACAAUUUCUGGCAAAUGUAUUGAAAUGUUGAGAUAUUAGGACGGAUGAAUAUAGAGCUCUGUGAUUUGAGUGAACCGAUCAAAAGAGUUUGGUUUAUAAGACGUGAAGCCUAAUGUGUCAAACUCCUUUGUUCAUGUGUAAAUAACGUGGCUUUGAAUUAACAAGUUAUUGCUGAGAUGAGAAUCUGAGUGAGAGAGCCUGUUUAACACACUGUAUAACCAACCACCUGGAAUAUUUAACCUGCACAUGUCAACUUCUGUACAGGUGUUCUGAGAUCUGCAGACUAAACCUUUCCCAUCAGAUCUCCUCAAGAGGCUGAACUGCACACGAUGCUUCUAACGUUAGACUUCUACAGUAUGAGCUCUGUGAAUAAAUGUAUUUUCCAAAUGUUGACGUGCACGUGUUGAGACUGGAAAAGUGGGACAGACGAGCUUCCAUUCAGCUGUUUAUUAAUUAGAAACACACAAGAAACAUAAAAAGACCAAACUCAGCACUCUUCACCUGCCCAUGACCCCCACCAG